AUGGCACUCGCACGGUUCGGCAAGAGCCAAUCAGACAGUAUAGAACUCGCCUGCGGACUCCCGCAGGGCUCCCCGAUCUCCCCGAUACUUUAUCUACUUUAUAUUGUGGAUAUCUACGCCCUCGACGGCGCAGACAAACGGUACGGAUAUGCAGAUGAUACGGCUAUGCUGUUUAUUGGCGCCUCCCUACAAGAAACCUCGCGACGAGCCGAGCAAGCGAUCCAACGUAUGGUCGAAUGGAGCAAAUCCACAGCAGUUAUAUUCGACCCUGCGAAGACAGAGAUUUUGCACUUCACUAGGAAACGAGCCUCGGAAGCCCCGACAAUCCGACACGAAAACAAGGUAAAUAAGGCCGCGCCGUCGAUGCGAUGGCUUGGGGUAUAUCUUGAUAGCAAACUAAAAUUCAACGCCCAUAUUACCUACUGGAGACAGAAGGCGAUAGUAACAGCGAACCUACUACGCAGCCUCAGCAACACGAUCUCAGGCAUCAAACCCUCCGCGGUCCGACGGGCAGUAAAUACUGUUAUUAUCCCAACCAUCUUUUAUGGAAUCGAAGUAUGGCUCCUAGAUGACGCCCCUGCUGCUGGACGCGGCCGGGCCUCCCAGAUCACUCGAACAAGAAUCACAGCCAUCCAAAGCUGCCUGAAUACAGCAUGCCGCGCUAUACUACCAGUCUGGAAAACGAUCCCCGAGGUCUACAUGUGGCGCGAAGCUGGGAUUCCCACCGCCGAGGAUCUAAUACGAGCAGCCCGCUCAAGGAUCUCGCUACGAAUUGCUACCCUAGACCGAAGACACCCUAUUCGCGAAAGACUAGACGAUUUCGAACGUAGAUAUGCUCUAGAAGCACAUCCCGAGACCCAUCACUCUGUCAUGUCAAGACAUAUUAGACUACUUGGAUUAUCUACCCUACAUAAGGAUAUCCCAAGCUGGCUCAAGUCUCGACCCGAAGGCUACAUUGUGUACUCCGACGGCUCGAAACUAGAGGACGGACGUGCGGGCUAUGGGUUCAUCAUCUGCAAGGAUGGUAUACAGGUCGACUCAGGGUCCCGGCAGCUUGACCACAGAGAGGUGUUCGACGCCGAGAUCUCCGGAGCACUCAAAGGCCUGAAACAGGCGAUGACGCACAAUCUCGAGCGACUUCCGGUCACUAUCUGCAUCGAUAAUUCGUCAGUAGUGAGAGGGAUAGGGGGGACUGCUCCCAUGUCCUCACAGGCACAAUUCCGCGCAUUCCAAGCCAUCGGCGACGAGCACCCACGGCUCAUCACGGUUCGCUGGACCCCAGGACAUAAAGAUAUCCCUGGAAAUGAAGCCGCAGACAGCCUGGCAAAGGCCGGCGCAGCUCUCCCUAACAAAUAG